AUGCUGAAGACCGCUGUUGUCAUCUUCCUGAUCUGUCUCCUCCUGCUGGACCUCUGUGCGAGCGUGAAGAGACCGAGACCGAAACCAACCAAAUGGGCUGUCACCUGUGCUCGCAGGGGACAGGAGUGUAACGGGAGACGGAAAUGUUGUUCAGAGCUCAGGUGUACACGAGGCGGAUGUAAUUACGUGAGGAAAAGAAGAAGAAAGAUCGUAAUAGAGUCCGGUACUCGCAAGAACUCUGGCUCCUCUUCUGACUCCGAUUCUGACAAAGACAGUGAUGAUAAUGGACGUGGUGAAAAAUAUGUUUACAUAGAGGAUUAUAGAGAUGAUUAUAAAGAUGAUUAUAGAGAUGAUUAUAGAGCUGAUUAUAAAGUUGAUUAUAACGUUGAUUAUAGAGAUGAUUAUAAAGAUGAACAGAAAGGUAACGAUGGACAAAAACAAAAAGAUUAUACUGAGUACGACUACAACAACUAUUAG